AGUCCAGUGUUGUGGUCCGUGGUUAUGAUAAUUAUGUAUUAAUGUGUGAUAGUACGAGCAUGAGUAAUUUAGAUCGGACUUUGCAGUUACGGCCACACCCGGCGGUCGGCAAUCGGCAUAUUCCGUGCCCCGUGAUUAUAAUUUUCCAUCAUGAUUUUAUAAAUAAUAUGAGUUUUACUAGUGUUAACUUUCAUUAUGUCAAUUCAAUAUAUUAUGGUCUACUCCAUUCACAAUUUAUUUAAAUUGAAAAAAUAUUUCAAGUAUAUUUUUAUAAUUGCAUUAGGGUUACUGUAUUAUUUUGGUGUUUUCACUCAUUUUUUUGAGUUGGACUAUUAUUCUCAAUUUGUAUAUCCACUAGAAACCAACAUUUCAAAGUGUGUGAUCAACGCACAGUCUGGUGAACCUGAUCAAUUACAUUGUAUUAAUAUAAAUGUGUUAAAUUAUGAUCUACUGUUAUCAAAUGACACUAAAUGUAAUAGAAACAUUCAUUUACUGGUAUUGGUUAAAUCAGCAUUAAAUCAUUUUGAUAGACGAAGAACUAUUCGACAAACUUGGGGAUUUGAGAAUCGAUUUUCUGAUGUACCAACUAGAACAGUUUUUAUAGUAGGAAAGUCCUUUGAUUUAAAUUUAGAAAAACGAAUUAAAGAAGAACAUGAAAAGUAUGGUGACAUCGUACAGUAUGAUAUGGUCGAUGAAUACUACAAUAAUACCAUCAAAACUUUGAAUGCAAUUAAAUGGGCUUCAACGCAUUGUAAUGAUUCAAGAUUCUAUUUUUUCUCAGAUGAUGACAUGUAUGUUUCUAUUAAAAAUGUAUUACGAUAUUUGCGAAACCCAACCGAAUAUCCAGAAUAUUUAAGCAAAGAAGUUAAAGGAAAGCAAUCUAAGCAUAGCUUGCCAUCAGAUGUGGUAUUAUUUACUGGAUAYGUUUUUAAUUCUUCACCAUUGAGACAUCAAUUUAGUAAAUGGUAUGUCUCCCUUUCGGAAUAUCCAUAUCAUAUGUGGCCUCCAUACGUCACAGCUGGUGCGUAUAUGUUAUCCAAAGCAGCUUUAGUCAAAUUUUAUUAUGGAAGUUCUUAUAUAAAGAGGUUUCGAUUUGAUGACAUUUACUUAGGACUGCUAUCAAAGAAAUUAAAUAUAAAACCUCUUCACUGUGAACACAUAUAUUUUUAUAAGAAGCAUUAUUCUAUUAGUGGUUAUAAAUAUGUUAUAGCUAGUCAUGGAUAUCAUGAUAGCGAAGAGCUACUUAAUGUUUGGACGGAUCAAAAAAGUAAUGGAAACGCAUAAGACUAAUUUGUAUUGAUCUAAAAUUAAAAUUAAUUUAUUAUUUUUAUGUUACCUUAGAUGAUAAAACAAAAUAUGAGUAUAUUUUUUAA